UAGUGUGUGUGUUUGUGUGUGUACACACACGCAGGUUCUCGUUCACGAUGGGACUGACAAGCAACCCAAACUUCCAGAAUCUGGAGAAAUGGUUCAAAUCAAACGCCGCGAGUCUCAACAUGAGGCAGAUGUUUGAGGCUGAUAAAAACCAAUUCCAAAAGUUCAGGUACUUCAAUGCAUUCUGGGAUGGGCUUCUGAUUGAUUACGUCAUUCAUUUUUUUCUAUGUUGUACCUUCCACUCGCAGGCAAGGUCUGGUGGAGUGGAGGCCUCAAGAGACCAGAUGUUUUCAGGAGAACAGAUUCAUUUCACUGAGGGUCGUGCUGUUCUCCACGUGGCCCUGAGCAACCGCUCAAACACGUUUAUAAACGUGGACGGGAAAGAUGUGAUGCCAGAGGUCAACAAGGCUCUGGAGAAGAUGAAGGUCUUCUGUCAUCCCAAAGUGAAGUACUUCCGCAUCGACCCGGAGAACAUGUUUGAGUUUUGGGACUGGGUUGGUGGACGAUACUCCUUGGUCUGUCCAUCGCUCUUCAUAUCGCAAAGCUUACAUAAACCCCUGAAUCUGCAUUUGUGGCAGGACACUCAUUUCCGUACGGCUCCUGUGGAUCAGAACGCACCCGUGCUGCUCGCUCUGCUGGACAUCUGGUACAUCAGCGUCUUCCAGGUGGAGACUCACUGUCUGCUGCCGUACGAUCAGUACAUGCACCGCUUCGCUGCUUACUUCCAACAGGGUGACAUGGAGUCUAAUGGAAAGUACAUCACUACUGAGGGUAACCGGUUGAACUAUCACACCGGGCCGAUCGUAUGGGAAGAACCGGGAACUAACGGACAGCAUGCUUUCUACCAGCUCAUUCAUCAAGGAACUCGUAUGGUUCCUGCUGACUUCCUCAUUCCUGCCCAGUCUCAGCAUCCAAUCAGAAACAACCUCCACCACAAGAUCCUGGUGACAAACUUCCUGGCGCAGACGGAGGCGCUGAUGAAGGGAAAGACGACAGAAGAGGCAAAGAAAGAGCUGGAAGCUGGAGGACUGAGUGGAGAGAAGCUAGAGAGAAUUCUGCCACACAAAGUGAGAACAUAAAGUCAAGCGCUGGCUUAUACUGACCUCGACAGGACACAAAACACACUACACCCUACUGCUCUCACUAAAUCUGCAGUAUGCAGUAUGUAUAGCAUGCACAGUAUGCAGAUUUUCGAUAUACAUGCAAUACUCACAUUUACCAAAACGUGCAUUUGAUCUGACAAUGCAAUCUGCUCAGCAUGACCUUUUGAUAAAUGAAUCAUAAGCAACAACCUUCUUCUUGACUCACGAUUUGAAUUUGAAAAAUUCAGACAUUUCUUCAAUUAAAAUAGGAUUAAAAAUGUGUAUAUGUUAUAUGAACACAGCUGUAUUGUGAGUAUUUUGAUCAGUGGGGAUGAG